AUGAUUAUUGCCGGCCUUGGGACGAUCCUCUUCAUUCUCCUAAUUAUGGUCAUCAUCCGUGGUCGCUUCUACCGCACCGGUUGCGGAGCACUGAUCCUGCAUGAGAUUCUCCUGGAAACGAGCGUCGUGGCUAUUCACAUUCCCUUGAAUAUCCUCAACAUCCACAGCGGUCACCGCGGUUUCUUUACUCCGCGUGAUUGUGCCGGCAUCCAUUUCCCCUUUAUUACGACUUUGAUGAUCACCAACUGGGCGCAGUUCUCCCUGGCCCUCAACCGCUUCGUGGCCACCCUGUAUCCCCAUAUGUACUGGCGAUGGGUGACGAAAACAGCGAUAGCCGCGCAGAUAGCGGCUGUAUGGGUCUUUGGGUUGGUGCUGACGGCGCCGCCGCUCUUUGGUGUGGUGGGCACGUAUGGUCUGGACAAGACGUGGAAUAACUGCGCGAUCUUAUUGCACACCGUGGGACCGUAUCCGAAAAUCGUUGGGACGCUGGGAGUGUACCUCCCUACCGGCCUCUUGAUGGUACUUUACCUGAUCAUGUUUAUUCGUCUGCAGUGCUGUUCUCCUCAAAGAGUGCAAAAUAACCAGAUGCGGUCUGAUCGGCAAGGACAAUUUGAUCGGCGCGUCAAGAUGGCCAAACUGUUAUGCGGCAUAUCCUUAUGGUACAAUGCCUGCUACCAUCCCCAAAAUAUUCUCAGUAUUCUGCGCGUUCCCAUGUACGAACAGAGCGUGGCGGGGCUUCAGCUAUGGCUGCGGACGGUAUAUUUGUGUGGCUACGUUAUGACACCGAUGUUUUUCUUCUCCUUGAACAAAGACUAUCAGACUGGUCUGCUUGAGAUAAUCCGUUUACGCGUGCACGGACGCUAA